GCCCGCUGAGGCGACGUGUCCCUGCCAUGGCCGAUGGCCGCCGCCCGCCGGACCGCGCUCCGCGCCCGCGCUGACCGAUGUAUUUGAAGAGGCCGGCGGGCGGCCUCGCCUUCUGCCUCUUCUACCUGGCCUCCAGCUUCACCAACAAGUAUGUCCUGUCUGUCCUGCAAUUUACCUAUCCUACCCUUUUUCAAGGGUGGCAGACACUGGUGGGUGGACUUCUGCUUCACAUCUCCUGGAAGCUGGGCUGGGUGGAGAUAAACUUGUGUUCAAGGUCUGAAAUCCUGUCAUGGCUUCCUGCAUCAGUACUUUUUGUGGGCAUUAUUUAUGCUGGCUCUAGGGCACUCUCUAGAUUGCCAAUCCCAGUAUUCCUCACUGUGCACAACGCAGCAGAAGUUGUAACCUGCGGUUUCCAGAAGUUUGUACUGAAAGAGCAGACCUCUCAUCUGAAAGUCUGUAGUGUGCUGUUCCUCCUGGCAGCAGCAGUGUGCCUUCCUUUCUGUGACACACAGUUUGAUCCAAACGGAUAUUUAUGGGCUCUAAUUCACUUGAUCUGUGUUGGGGCUUACAAAAUAUUUCACAAGUUGUGGAAACCUGGCUCUUUAAGUGAUCUGGACCAACAGUACAUCAACUAUGUAUUCAGUGUGGUGCUGUUGGCCUCUGCAUCCCAUCCAGCAGGUGAUCUCUUCAGUGCCUUGGAUUUUCCAUUCCUGUACUUCUACAGGUUUCACAGCAGCUGCUGUGCCAGUGGACUGUUGGGAUUCUUUCUGAUGUUGCACACAGUGAAGCUAAAAAGCAGCACAACCUCAGGGCAAUAUGCAGCCUGGAGUUUCCUUGCAAAGGUUAUCACUGCUGGUUUAUCACCGUUCUUCUUUGUCAUGACUGCCAAUGUACUAACAAUUUCUUGCCUUGUGAUUGGUGGAGUUGGAGAAGCAUUGCUUGUUUACACUGAAAGGACAGGCACAUAAAGAGGAACCAGACCUCAGCAGCUGGAAAAGAGCUGACUUGCAGCCUAGAGCUAUCAUGAAAAAAAUGUGGCAGCAGGAAUGAAGAAGUGCAACCAAACAUGAGGAAAAGGAUCUACUGUUUUUUUUUUUAAUUAAGAAAAAAACCUAUGCUAUUAAUAGUGCUGGUAAAGGAGCAGCAUAGUUGGCAAAGAUGGUAAGGAGCCUUUGCCUCAAAGCACAAGACAAACGAUAUCAGAUUGAUGUGGUAAAGGAAAAACUGCACUGUCUCAUGCUGAUGGCUCUGUGUGAGAACCACUCAGUAGCAGCUUCUUGCACAGGGAACUAAACUCAGGAAAAGCAGCAUUCCCCACUGGAUGCCCCCGGUGGUUUUUUUUUGUUUGAAGCAGACAGCAGGUCAUACCAAACAAUGUCAGAGCCCAGAUCCUGCCAUAAAUUCAGGAUCUGGAAGGACGGAUUUUGCCUCCAACUGUUCUGUAAGCGGCAAGCUGCCACACAGGUCUCUAGUCAAGUUGUCUGAACUGGUACAGGGACUGAGGUCAAGGGGCUUGUGGAGAUAAUCCCCUUCUGGAACUGUGGCAGUUUGACAGCUUUGCAAAAAGCGAAAAUCAGCAAUAAAUCUCAAUAUCUGUAGUGAUUGCAUUUUGUGAAUUUUUUUCGUCUCCCAUUCUCCAAAAUUUCUCUUGAACUCUGGCAGUUUUUGUCAGCUGGAGGGGGUGGAGGGACACGUACUGUUCCCAGCAGUGGUUUGUCUCUUAAAUUAUUGCAAGAGGAAACAAAGAACACGAACCUUGAAUGAAUGUCAUAAAGAGUGUAAGGAAAUGAAUCUCAAGAGUUCUUAAAAUAAUUGCACUUCUGGUUGCUUAACGGCUGUUAGAAAUAAGUCUUGAUAUAUUACAGCCUCCAAUCUAUGUGAAAAUAAUAUUAAAUGAUGAGUUUACAAGAUUGUGGGAAAGGUCUACAUGGUAAAAGGAACUCGGUAACAAAUCUUCGAUGAGGAGAGGGACUUGUCUCACAUGACGUUUGGUAUGUAAAGUGUAGACCCUUAAUCUAAGUUGACCAAGUUUCCUUCGUAGUCAAUGGAAAGAGGGCGGCCCUCACGUCCUUCUUGAAUAGAUUGCUGUGUUAGAAGUGCAUAUCUGUCUGUAGAUAGACACUAGGUGACUGGUGUAGACAACACACAUGGUUUCUACAAGGCUACAGUUACCAGAGGCAUAUCUGCUUCAAUCUAACAAAUUCCACCAGAUGGGCUUGAAAAUAUGGCUACAUUUUAAUUCCAAAUAAAACACCAUAGGUUAACAAAGAAGAUAAAUUUUACAAAUGUUUGCAGUCAAUUUCUAUGACUGGAGAGUUUUAGACAAAGAUUAGUUGGUUUUCAGAAAAAGAAAUGCUGUAGUUUAAAAGAGAAGUACUCUGGUCUAUAUUGUAUCUAAGCUUAUCUCAAUUUAUUAUGAAAGGUCUCCUUAUACUGGUAUGUUUUCUAUGCAUGUUGGGUCCCACUCUGGCUUGAGUUUGGAGUGAGCCAUUGUUUUGCCAGGUGGAAAACUCAGGUUUAGGAAGAAAGGGGGAGGGAGGGACAAGCAUGAAAAAAUAAAUGCUCAAACCUGAGCCCUAGUCCUGAAACCAAAAUGAGCCACAUGGGAAGUUGGGCCCAUCCUCACAUCCAGUGAGCCAUGACACAGCCAGCCAUAGAUCCUCAUGGCAUUCCAGUCUGUAAAUUCAGACAGUGCUGGGAGUGAUGGCUGCAGCAUUCUGGCUUUGCCCAGACAACUCUGCCAGCCAGUUGUGGCAAUACAGUAGAACCCUUGCCAUGCCACCUUUCUGCUGACUUUGGAGUGAAUAGUGACCCUAGGAGACCUCAUGGAAGAGUCCCUGUGUGAUUGCUGAGGUUUUGCAAUCGUAGCUGGAACCUUUGCUGUGGGAAAAGCUCAUCGUGUACCUCUCUUCUUGCAUAACUUUUAAGGAUAGGCUGCAGUCCGAUUUUUUUUCUUCCUCUAUCUUGCCUGUGCUGUUCAUAGCAGUUUAUCAAAGCAGAACACCCAUUUGCUUUCUUGUGGUCUCAGUGGAAAGGUAGAGGCCAAACCAGCAGCCAGGGUUGCUGUAGCACUUUGAUCAGAGAGCAUCUUUGGAUGGCUGUAGAAAGCUUGUUUAGCUGUGACAGGCAUAUUUAUGUUGUCUGGGCCCUGGGGGAAUUCAGUCCCUGCAGAUACUGCAUUAGUAUACCCCUGCACAGUAAGGCAACUGCCUUUUUAUUUAACUUAUGUGUGUUAAACAACACUGAACUGUUUAACCUCUGCCUGCAUUUUUUUGUGCCUUAGUGCAAUGUGCUUGCAUGUCUAAGACUCUGCUUGCGGUAAGUAAAAAGUGCAGGUUUAAAUUGGUUGCUACACAAGCAAAUCAAAGAACCAGAGUUAGUGAAGUUGGGGUUCUCUUUCGAACACAACUGGGAAGAAGAAGUACCCUUCGAACCAACCCCCACCUGCUUCAGAACCUACUGGCUGCUUGCAGAGGUUGGGGACUGGAGGGGAGGGGGAAGAGCAAACCUGGCGAUUUCCUGAGAAAGCAGCACCCUGGUCUUUAAUUCAGCCCUGCCACAGAAGGAGGGGUGCUGCAUAAUAAAGAACACACUUCAGGGUUGUUAAAGUGAUCUUCAAAGCCAGAAACCUCAGAAGUUCAAGCUUAAAACAGCUCUUGUAAGACUAGUCAACAGUUAUGUUAAGUAAUUUAGAGCAGGAAUAUGCAAGGGUGCACCAUUUAUAUCUAACUGAACUUUCUCCAGUCAGUCAAAAAUACAAAGUGCUGAACACACAGCUCUAAGGAAGGAGGAGCUCCUUUACGUUGCAGAGAAGCAGUGACACCAAGUAAUGCCUGGAUGCAAAGCGGUGGGUCUGUAGCUCAGCUGAUGCAAAACCCUCCAGAUUUAUUGGUAUCCAUCAUUUAAGGAAUUUACUGUUCUUGGGUUGUCAACACAUGAGACUAGAGAGAAAAAUUGGAGUCUGCUGGUUUUUCUGAGAGGCAGCAGGUGCUGGAGGCUGUUCCAUCAUGCCCUUUUCACAUCUGCUGGUUUUGAUCAAACCACUGGCAGAGAAAGCCCUGAAUCACAUCAUACCUUUUUUGAUCCUACCUUGCUUACACUUAUUUUCCAAGCGUCUUUUUUUUUUCUUACCAAGUAAUUGGGAAAAGGGUUGUAUUACCCAUUGCAGUGGCAUGACUCAUGCAUGUGGCUGGCCUUCAUCAUAAAGAGCCUGCGCUUAAAGCCAAGUGCCAUCAAAAGAAGACUCGAAGAGUAAAGCUGCUGGAUAUGGACUACAAGUGGAUUACAAAAAUGCAGGCAACAGGGAUUCUAUUUUGAAACAAUCUGGCUGCUGUAACAUAGCUUCCAGCAGAAAAAUGUUAUUAAAUAAAUUAAAUGAACCUGGUUCUUAA